AUGUCUAUAGCGAGUCCUUCUUCCUCAGCGUCUGUUUCACCAGUUGCUCAUUCUCAACAAUUUAUUUCGGAACUUCAAUCCACCGUAAUUCAACAACCAAUUGCCGUUGAUGCAGUGACAAUUUAUGGUCUCACACCUCUUGGUUGUCUAUUAACAAAAUUGUUUACAUCCGUUGAUGUUCACGUUUAUUUAUAUGAUGAUUUAAUAAAUUCCAAUGCUCAUCUACUUCAUCGAUUAAAAAUGUGUGUUUCAGAAAACAUUUUUACAUAUGUUCAAGAUUCGGAUAGAUAUGACUUACCCUAUUUGUCAUCAAUAUUAAUUAAUUGUCAAGAUGAUGUGAAACGAUUACAUAAAUUACUUUCACAAUUUCCUCAUGAAUAUAAACAAAAGUUUGCUUAUAUUGAAUGUUCAAAUAUGCGGUAUACACAUGUCGAGUUCGUUCAGAACGAAUUGAAACUGAGUUAUCCAAAUUCAUACUAUUUAUGUUUGACAUUCUAUGAAUUAGAUACAUCCGUAUCGACAAAAGUUCCCGAUGUGCGAUGUGUUUGUAGCGGUGAUUUUUAUGUAUAUCAAAUAUUAUUGCCAUAUUUACGUUGUAUGACUCAUUCAAAAUGUGAGUUUAUUGCUGAACAUGCUCAAAAAUUGUCAAUUAUUUAUCAACAUCAUUUAUAUAUUCAACUUGCAUGUUAUUCUGAAAUUGUUGCAUUGCUAUUAAAACAAGAUGAGGGAAAUUUAGAACGAUUUCAGUUUUUAAUUGAUUGGAAUAUGUUAAAACGACCAAUGAUGAGACAAAUGAUAUUGAGAAAUCCAAAUGAACCGUGUAUGAAUGAUUUUUAUUCAUAUAAAAUUGAACAUUUUCAACAUAUACUAGGCUGUGCAAUUGAUCUGUUAGAGAAUCAUAGUUUUGGUAAUACUGUGCUCGAUCAUGAAUGUGAUAUAAAAAGUCUGACAUUUUCUUCUUACAGCAUAACAAUAAUGAAUAUGGAUGAUUAUUCAACAAAAAUUAGAAUUGAAGCAGAAAGAUUAGUAAAAACUGAAUUUCCUGCAAAAGCAUUAGAAUUAGAUGCACUAGUCUCGAGUCAAGCAUUGUCAUUUGCCGAAGUUCCAAAAGUUCGUCAGGAAACCCGUUUGCCAACAGCCGAUGAAUUAGUUACACAUUUUUUACAAAAUAAUUAUAGCAAUACAAACAGCAAUAAUAGUAAUGCAAUUGAAGAUCGUAAACAUGCAAAUGUAAAAAAACGAAAAAUCGAUAAUGAUCAAUCUCCAACAUCGUCACCAUCGAAAGAAAUAGUUUAUUUACUAGGAACAAGUGUAUUUUUAUUUCCCGGUGGUCUUAUUCCUUCGAACGGAAUUAUUCAAUCAUUGGAAGAAACGCUCAAACCGUAUAUAUUCCAUUUUCUCGAUAGUGUUGCAAUUAUAAAACUCUGGAUACAAUUGUUAAUUCCAAAAGUUGAAGAUGGUAAUAAUUUUGGAGUAUCAAUUCAAGAAGAUUCUUUAGCUGAAAUACGGACACUGGAAACGGAUGUAACUCAAUAUUUGGAUUUAACUUAUAGAUAUUUAAUUUCACGUGGUGAAUUAGUUAAAAAAGUUGCAAAAUAUCCGCAUGUUGAAGAUUAUCGACGAUCAGUACAGAGUUUAGACGAAAAACAAUUUAUAUCAAUGAGAUUUACUGCCCUCGAAUUAAGAAAUCAUUAUGUAUGUAUAUAG